UUGAUGUGGAUCGCGUAGAUCUUCAUCAUCUACACCAAAGGCGCCAGCUCGGAGGAGGCCCAGUUUGGCCUCCAUGUCUUCAGAAACGAAUGGCGAACUUGUUGCGCCUAUCUCCAUCAACAGGGAUUCAAACAACCCUCCAAAACCACCAGUAUGGGCUCUAGAAUCUGCAAAUCCUGGAGUACCCUUACCUCUCCAUGCAAAGUGCGGUCGGCAUGGCCGCCAAGGCGACAUAUGUUGCAAGGACCUCAAGGAUGACGACGACCGCACAUUAGUCGAUCCGGACAUCGUCCGUGACGUCGUGAUCGGUCUGUCUGAUGGUCUCACCGUCCCCUUUGCCCUCACGGCCGGUCUUUCGUCCCUUGGAGAAUCCAGACUUGUAGUUCUUGGCGGUAUAGCAGAGCUUAUCGCGGGUGCUAUCUCCAUGGGCGUCGGUGGCUUCCUGGCAUCGCAAGCCGAAAGAGAUCACUACGGGUUCUUAAAACGGCACAUUUCCUGUCGGGUGCAACGUAGUUGCGAUGGUGAAAUGGAGAGAGAAGUUUACGCGAUACUAGGACCGGUUGGCGUCGACGUGCCCACUGCACAGGCGGUCACUAAAAGUUUGCAAGCGGCCGAAUGCGAAGGGACCGAAGGUCCAGCAGACGAAGAACGACAACAACUCAGGUGGAAAGAUGAUGUCGGGCUCACUGCGUUCUUACUCAAAUUUGGUGAAGGACUCAAGGAAGUACCAACCAGAAGACUUUACCUCUCUGCUAUGACAAUUGGGCUCGGUUACCUGGUCGGCGGCAUUGUCCCCCUGAUCCCGUACUUCUUCAUCAGCCGCGCCCACGUUGCUCUGCUUUACUCCUGCAUUCUCACUGGAGUUGUCCUACUUGUCUUCGGCGCUAUUAAGGCCCGGGUUACUGGUGCCGGUAAUGACGUAGCAGGAUACAUAUGGGGUGCAGUCAGCACCUUAAUGGUGGGUGGGGCCGCAGCGGCUGCUGCAUAUGGAAUGGUCGCCCUCUUUGAACGGGAUCCAUAAUGUCAAGUUGGGUUCGGCUCAGCGAAAUUGACCCCACCACACUCGUGGGACACCACAUGUACAACCGGAUCUACGGCCUGAAUCAUUUGGUUGAGCGAAAGGGAGGCUGUGGAAGCUGCAAAAUGUCGAAAGCUGUCAGACGUUGGCACAGUGGUUAAGGACACCUUUGUUUACUUGUGU